AGGAGAAGAGAAGGGAAAAUAGGAAAAGAGGUUAAUGGGGAGGUUGAAGUUGAACAGUGAUCCAAGUCCAAGACUCAAGCACUUCAGUCAUCCACAUGAAUUAGAGCUAUGCACCCAACUCAAGAAUCCCACACCUUGUUCAGGAUGCAAACUCCCACCAUUAAACCAAAUGUACACAUGCAAGCCUUGCAACUUUACUCUCCAUUUGAGCUGCACUCAGUUCCCAGAGAUGAUAAAUCACCCCUCACAUCUAGACCACCAUCUAGCUCUCCUUCCGACAUCUAAGUACCCCGGUGGCCUUUUCAAUUGUGACGCCUGCAACCACCAUGGAGAUGGCUUCAGCUACCACUGCAGCGACUGCGAAUAUGAUCUCCAUGUGACCUGUGCAUCAAAACCCCUCAAAAUCACACAUCAUUUGCAUCAAUGCCAGCUGGAACUCACCUUCAGGAAUCCUUAUGCUGACGCCACAGGCUUCUCUUGUGAUGUAUGCCACAAGAUAGGAGUCAAGCAGUGGCUUUAUAGAUGCGGCACUUGCGACUUUGAUGUUCAUUUGGAUUGUUCAAAUUCUGCCCCGAUAUCAGCAGUUCAAGGGCCAACUAUCCUCCAGCACCACCAUUCAUUCCCUGGGGCAAAUACUUCACAUAACCAGUUCCAGCAGCCUCCUAUGGCGGCAGAAAUAAGGCAUAACCAGUUUGUGCAUAGUGCAAAGGGCAACCAGCUCCCACAGACUCCCAUAUUAUCAGGACAAGCGAUGCCAAAUCAGUAUAUCCAGGUCAGUCUGGGUACAGCUCAAGCAAGGCCAAACCUAUUAUUCAAUAGUGCGAGUACAGGUUCAACAAUCCCUCAGCACCAAUCCUUGCAACCUCCUCUAAUUCAAGGACCAGUGGGGCCUGAUAUAUACAUGCAGCCUCCUGGGACAGACAAUGAUUUGAUGAAUGCUGCAAUUCAAGGACUCGUGGAAGGUGCAGCUCAGCAGGUUGGUCAAACUAUCAUGCAGGGGUUCAUAGGUGGUGGUAACAACAGUGAUGGCAAUGAAGGGUCUUCAAUUCUGAGAAGCGUUUUUGGUGACUUAUCGCAGAACUAGAUUAUUUUAUCUUUUCCAUUUGAAUUAUAUCAUCAGUUCAUGUAAAAUAGGCACAACUUCUGGUUAACAUAGUAUCUUGGUAAAUACCACACUAUUUUCUGUUAUA